AUGGAACAAGUUCAUGUCCCUUUAGAAAACGAAAUUCAACUCACCGCUUCCAUUUCUUCUUCCAUUGAAGAUAACAACAAAACCAAAGCCAAAGGUGAUGGAAAACACCCAUUAUAUCGUGGAGUUCGAAUGCGUCAUUGGGGUAAAUGGGUUUCGGAAAUUCGAGAGCCCAAGAAAAAAUCCAGAAUCUGGCUCGGUACUUUUCCCACACCAGAAAUGGCGGCCCGAGCCCACGACGUUGCGGCCCAAGCCAUCAAAGGUAGUUCGGCUUACCUUAACUUCCCUGAAUUAGCUGACCAACUUCCACGUCCGGCUACUAAUUCUCCCAAGGAUAUUCAGGCCGCCGCCGCUAAAGCAGCUUCUAUGAGCUAUCUUCAUGAAGCCCAGGCCCAGGCCCAAGACAUAAAAGGAUUUUUAACUGAGGAAGAUGACAUGUUUUAUGACCUCCCUGAUUUGUUACUCGAUUCAAAUAAAAAUUCAAAUGAGCUUCAUUACUCUUCUAUGUCUGAGCCAUGGCUCGCGGCUGGAGCUGAACAUGCAAGCUCGGGCUUUAGGCUGGAUGAGCCUUUCCCAUGGGAGUCAUACUAA